CUUUCCAGGAAAUAAUGACUGAGUUCUUGACCUGCGUCCGGAUAAGAGAUUUCUCCCAGUGACCGGAGCCAUUCAUUCUCGAGAGUUCGCAGGCCGCCCUGGAGGUACCCAUGGCCGAAAGGAGUGGAAGAGCCUGUCUUGGAGAUUUUCCCGGGGAAAUCCUGAGGUCAUUCAUUAUGAAGUGUACCGCGAGGGAGUGGCUCAGAGUGACCACAGUGCUAUUCAUGGCUAGAGCGAUUCCAGCCAUGGUGGUUCCUAAUGCCACUUUAUUGGAGAAACUUUUGGAAAAGUACAUGGAUGAGGAUGGUGAGUGGUGGUCGGCCAAGCAAAGAGGGAAAAGGGCCAUCACAGACAAUGACAUGCAGAGUAUCUUGGACCUUCAUAAUAAAUUACGAAGUCAGGUGUAUCCAACAGCUUCUAAUAUGGAGUAUAUGACAUGGGAUGUAGAGCUGGAAAGGUCUGCAGAAUCCUGGGCGGAAACAUGUAUGUGGGAACAUGGGCCUGCAAGCUUGCUUCCAUCAAUUGGGCAGAACUUGGGAGCACACUGGGGAAGAUAUAGGCCCCCAACGUUUCAUGUACAGGCAUGGUAUGAUGAAGUGAGAGAUUUUACUUAUCCAUAUGAACAUGAAUGCAACCCAUAUUGUCCAUUCAGAUGUUCUGGACCUGUGUGUACUCAUUAUACACAGGUGGUGUGGGCAACCAGUAGCAGAAUAGGCUGUGCCAUUAAUUUGUGUCAUAACAUGAACAUCUGGGGGCAGAUAUGGCCCAAAGCUGUCUACUUGGUGUGCAAUUACUCCCCAAAGGGAAACUGGUGGGGCCAUGCUCCUUAUAAACAUGGACGACCCUGUUCUGCUUGCCCGCCUAGUUUUGGAGGGGGCUGUAGAGAAAAUCUAUGCUACAAAGAAGGGUCAGAUAGGUAUUAUCCUCCUCGAGAAGAAGAAACAAAUGAAAUCGAACGUCAGCAGUCGCAAGUUCAUGACACCCACGUUCGGACAAGAUCAGAUGAUAGUAACAGAAACGAAGUAAUAAGCACCCAGCAAAUGUCCCAAAUUGUUUCUUGUGAAGUAAGAUUAAGAGAUCAGUGCAAAGGAACAACCUGCAAUAGGUAUGAAUGUCCUGCUGGCUGUUUGGAUAGUAAAGCUAAAGUUAUUGGCAGUGUCCAUUAUGAAAUGCAAUCCAGCAUCUGUAGAGCUGCAAUUCAUUAUGGUAUAAUAGACAAUGAUGGUGGUUGGGUCGAUAUCACUAGACAAGGAAGAAAACAUUAUUUCAUCAAAUCCAAUAGAAAUGGCAUUCAAACAAUUGGAGAAAGCACGGUGGUGCCCGCACGGUCCAUGCGGGAGAGACGGCGGGAGCCUACUCGUUGUCCGCGGUGGCCGCAGGUGUCCUCUGGGGACAACGCACAGGCCCCUGUCCCUCCGCCCGAGAGCAGAGCAGACGGCCCGUGCGGGGCUCUGGGAGGUGGGGCCGGAGACGCGUCACCAGGGUCUGGGGGCCCAGGUCACGCCCCCACUGGGCAGGCAGCCCCGGCGGCUGGGGUCCCUGGCCAGACGAUCGGGACCCCGCCGGCCAUCCUGGAGAGGGCCUGGGAGCUGGCUCCCGACCCGUGA